GCGGUGGAGUCAGGAGGAAGCAAACUGGGGGAGGAGGAGGUAACAGAGAGCAACAAAGAAAGGGAACUCCAGAGAGAGAACAAGCUUACUUACUUCAGCCAAAGUUGAGAUAAAGGCAUGCAGAGUGCAUCACAGGUUGGUCACAGAGCUACCUCCGUUUCUUCCAGUAGCAUAAUGGCUUCAGUCGCUUUUAAAAAGGACACAGGUAUUGUAUGCCUCCUCAUAUCAGGACUUCUGCUGCCUUCAGUAUUUGUGUCUGGGCAAGCAACAAUGACGACUGCCUCCACCAUGAAUACCACCACCUCUGCAGCAAACCUCACCAUGAUCAUGGAGACAGCAGCCUCAACCACCAACCAGACUGCUAAUAUGACUAGUAGCAGUUCAGCAGCUACCCCUACUCAGAGCACCAUGUCCACCACUUAUGGAGGUAAUAUGACUGAGGGAAAUAAAAACACCACAUCAAAUUCUUCAAUGGAAAUGAUAAAUUGCCCUUCCUUCUCCUGCCAUUACUCUCAUUGCUACUCAAAGUACAACAGUCAGAAUGACUCUUAUUGUUCUACUGGAGAAACGUGUCAGGUGCUGAAAUCAAUGGACAUGUGGUACAACGUGAGCUGCAGUGCCUCUUGUGUGGAAGAUUGCAACAACACCUCUCAGUCCAACUGUUCUGUGAACUGCUGUAAUUCCACUGGGUGCAUUCAAGACAUUUUUGAACCCAUGAUGAUGAUGACAACCACAGCAGCUGCAACCACGACAACAAACGCUCCGCCAACAACAAGAACAACCUCAACAACAGCAAACAAAGGAAACAAAUGUCAUAAGGGUAGCUGUACUGGAGAAAACUGUUAUAAAACUUUCAAGGAUCUUGAAACUUGCUCUUCUACAAACCCACAUUGUCAGUUGAAAAAAGAGACCUCUACCUCCGGCGUUGUUUGGACAGCGGGGUGCACCAAUUGCACUGGAUAUGCUGCCUGUACUGGAACCACAACCUCCCCAUGUAACCUGGAGUGCUGCACUGCCACCACAACCUCCUGCCUGAUGUUGAACGGCACAAUGAAUGUCCCGUCUUUCGCCACAAGAGGUCCCUAUCUUCAUAUUGAGUUGAUCGCUUCCUUGGUUUGCCUGCUUGCAAUCACUCUGCUUCUGUGAGUGAACGAGCGUGCAUUUGCUGUCCUCACGUUUCUAUAUGCGUAUCUCGUUGGAGUUCAUCUGUAAUUGUAUGAAUAUGAAACUAUGAAAAAGUCUCAGUUUCAAUGUUGA